CUCUCGACCUCAUCCCCGGCAUUAGAAGGUAGGCUGCUCCACUUCAGUCAUUGUUGAGCAAUGUCGUCCAAUGCUGGCCAGAAUUCCUCUUCCUUUAAAGCGUCAAACACCUCGAAUCAACCCGUUUCCUCUUCGUUCCACCAGUCGUCAUCGGUAGACAGUGGCUCCCAGCGCCGUCCGGGAGGUUCUGGUAGCUUUGGGGCAGGGUUUUCAUCGCGAAAUUCGAGUUCGCCCCGGCACAAUCAGUCUCGGAGGAAACAAGUCAGGCAAAAGAAAUCCCCGGAAUUGUUGGACGAUGAGGAUUAUAGCGAGCUGGCCAUCAUGAAUUCAACAAAUAGUCGCAAGGGACAGACGUCUAUCACGCACCUGAUGAACUUUGCCCUUCCUCCGCGGCCCCAGUACCAACCCCCGCCACGCAACACGCGCCGCUAUGCGUCCUGGGGCCUCGGCUCCGGGUACCAUGCCAUGGAUAAAGCCCGUUACGUGCACGCCAAUUACCGUUUUAUUGUGGCGCCAAAUCGAAAUUAUUAUGCGCAAGCGGCCAACGCCGAUGUCCAUUUAGACUGGGAUUCGGUGCUCCAAGUGCUGGUGUCGGCUCAGACGCAGUCCGCUAGCUGUCCCAUCUGCCUGUCCAUCCCGGUGGCGCCCCGCAUGGCUCGAUGUGGCCAUAUCUUCUGCCUACCGUGCCUGAUCCGAUAUAUGCAUUCGACGGACGACCACAAUGCGGGGCCCGAAAAGAAACCUCGGUGGAAGAAAUGCCCCAUUUGCUGGGACUCCGUGUACAUCUCGGAGACUCGUCCAGUCCGGUGGUUUCGGGGUCAGGAAGGAGAUCUUCCCUUUGAGGGUGGCGACGUCGUGUUGCGAUUGGUCAAGAGAGACCCUAGCAGCACCCUGGCCUUGCCUCGGGACGGCGCGGAGCCUCUUGGGCCGGGAGAAGAUAUACCUUGGUACCAUGCGGCCGAAGUGUCGGAUUAUGCACGCAUUAUGAAAGGUGGGGAGGAGUAUAUGGCCGCACAGUACGAUGCGGAGAUCGAAGAUAUUCGUCAGCAGCAAGUAGAGGAUGAGCUUUUGUUCGGGGAUGAGACCACCUGGAGCCGCAAGGCCAUCGGUGCCAUCAAUGACGCCAAGUUAAAUCUCCAGGGCAUCGGAAACCCACCUGACGUCGCACGGCAGCCUGCACCUCUCACGUCACCCGAGGAAUCGGUGUCAGUUCAGCCCCCGCCAGAAGAAGCGGUCCCGACAGAUACAUCACAGGAUACUAUCAAGUCCGGAGAGAGCUCCUCAUCCGGCCAUAUCCCAACGUCUUCCAUCCCUGCCGUCUCCAGCGACAUUGAUGGGAUAACAGAAGCGAUGGACAGCACGAACAUAGGACGGGGGCGUAAAGCGAAGUCCAAGCAAAGAGAUCCCGGAAUUGGUCGAGGUCACCUCCCGUCGGCUCGGAACAAAGAUACCCACGGACCUCAUCCGCCCGAUCACCCCUACUACUUCUACCAAGGCCUCCCUCAUUUCUAUCUCUCUUCCCUGGACAUCCGUAUCUUGAAAGCCGCUUUUGGUGACUAUCCUAUGUUCCCGGCCACCAUCCUCCCCCGAGUCGAGCACAUCUCCACCGGUCAUAUUGUCGACGACGAGCUGCGCAAGCGCGCCAAGUAUUUGGGUCACCUCCCCCAAGGCUGCGAGGUGAACUUUCUGGAGUGCGAUUGGACCGAUGUUGUUGCUCCUGAAGUUCUACAGCGUUUCAGUUCGGAGAUAGGGAGGCGAAGGAAGCGUAAUCGCGAGAAAGAACACCGUGAGGAAAAGAGUCGGGUUCGCGCUGAGAAAGCAGAGGACGCGGAGCGAUGGGCGACUAUCCGCAAGGAACAUCCCGGCAUCGAGACCCGUGAAACGUUCUUUUCCGACCGUGAUUUCCAACCACUGGCGAGCGGUGCCGACGCUGCAUCCGUGGAUAUUGGGGUCUCCGCAUCGCCCCCGCAGUCGUCAUCUCAUCUCGGGGCAAAUUCCUCCCCCUCCACUAGCCCUCCAGGAUCUCGGACGGUCUGGGGAACCACAGCGAUCGCGCCCCCUUCAGGGACGCCAGACCUCCACGCGGGGGCUGUUCCGCAUGAUGGGUGGCUUCAAGGAUGGGAGGACGAACUCAUGGCCCAGCGAGAGAGCGAAGUCGUCGCUGAAAGCGCCGCCGCCGCGGCGAGCGAUGCGGCUGCUUCCUCGGCUCCUACGGGCGGGAAAAAGAAGAAGAAGAACAAGAUCACGUUAAUGUCGACGAAUAUCCAGCGAGGGGCGUAGAGACCCCGAUUGAUCUUGUUGCUUUGGACUGAUCUCACCGCCCUUUUUGGUUUUGAUUCCUUUCCUCCUUUCUAUAUUUACGGUUGGAUAUAUGGCGUAUUUUCCCGACGAAGCGUGCGUGGUGUCUUUGAAUUGUGUUUAUGAAAUCAUAUGGGACCGGAGUCGGCCGGGGCCAUCAUCUUUGCAUACUUGUCUUCAUAUGUAUUUGGUUCUACAGCUCAACACUCUCUAGGCGAGUAAUCUACGUAGGGCAGC